AUGGCCAUUCCCCGGAUGUUCAACUCCAACGCCCCGUUUAUCAUUGUGACCGGAGGAUCUGAACUCUCGUUUGUUGGAAAGGAAGAUGACAGCCAAGCGUGUGAGGAGGAAAAAGAGUCGCUGGUCCAAGCCAUCACCCCGCAUCUGAGCCGAGUGAUGCAGCACGGCACUGCCAAGCACGUGGUCACAGCAGGGCAGGACGUGCCUGAGGAGAAUGCUUGUGUCUCCAUAGUCGCACAGGCUGAGAGAGAAGACUUUCAGGAGUUCAGCCCUACCAACACACAUAGCCUCUACUCAAGAUCUCAGCUGCUCAAAAAGCACAGGCCUCUCAGCAAAGAAACUGCGCUCAUGAGUGACACAGAAGAUGAGGACUUUGACGGCGCCACUAAACUCCCGCACUACCACCUCCAGAGGAAACAGCGCAGGAAAACCAGGACAAGACAGAACCAGGAGCAAGGAGAAGAACCUCCAAUCAUCCGUGGUCUGUGGGUGCAGGAGAUUGAUUGGCUGAAAUCAGCUGACAGCGAGAUGACAUCGUCUGCUGAAAUCAUACCACCUCCUCCUCAGUUUACUGACUCAUUCUCACGCCCUCGCAGCCAUGGAGACCAACACUCCUGUGUGUAUGAAGGUCACAGCAGUGAAGAUGUGUGUGAAUGUGUCAGAAGAGUGGAGGAUGUGUCACUAUCAGAGGACCAGUACAGAUCAAUAGAUACAGAGGACACAUCCAGCACUGAUGACAGAGGAAGCUCAGACUCUGAUUGCGCCGAAUCUAUUUGCACUCAUGAAAGUGAUUCAGACUCAUCUUACUGCGGAGAGGACGACAUACAAGUACACAACAGCUGUAGAUGGAAUGACCUGAUGGGAGUGUCUGGUGUUAACUCCUCUUCCUCCCACGCUCAGCGGGACUCAGACUCCUCCAAUGGUUUCACAAGGAUUUCAGGGUGUGCCAAAAGCCUCUUGGGAAAUCCAGACUCCACCUACACCCCCCUGCACACUGUGAAUUCCUCUCCGUGUGUGUUUAGUGCUGCUGAUGUGAUCGAUAUUGACACAGUUUUGGACUGCCUCAGAGGCAGAGUGACACAGAUGCCAAAACUCUUUGUUUCACCCUUCUUUGAGGAUUUGAAAAAACAGACUCUGAAUCACUGGAAACAAAGUGUUCCUGUCAAUGAAGGACUCAUAUUUCAUGAUCAACUCCAGCCCAAUAGUUCCCAGUACAGGGAGGGAGAGGACUAUUACAUCCAAAACCACAUCCAGAAUGGAUCAUACGGUGAUGUAUUCUGUGUUCAGGACAGAAGGACUGGAUUCAAAUGUGCAGCCAAGAAGAUUCCACUGAAUCAUUUCAGCAGAGAGGAGGUGAGCACGUGGAGCACUCUGAACUCCCCUCGUGUUGUGGAGCUCUUCGGGGCUGUGAGGGAGGGGCUGAACGUUGUACUCUUCAUGGACUUGAAACCAGCUUGUUUGGCACAGCUCCUAAAAGAGAUGAACACCCUACCUGAGGAUUUGUCCCUGCACUAUCUUCAUCAGACCCUAGGGGCGCUGGAACACCUGCACCACAGAAAGAUCCUGCACCUGGAUGUCAAAGUUGACAAUGUGCUGCUGUCUGCAGACUGCAGAGACACAUUCCUCUGUGACUUUGGUCUCUCAGAGACAUUAGAUGACAAUGGAUGGAGCACCAAGGCCUUCAGGGCCGCCUUCCCUGGCACAGAGACCCACAUGGCUCCUGAGGUGGUGAGAGGGGACCAACUCUGUGCCAAGGCGGAUGUGUGGAGCAGCUGUUGUAUGCUACUGCACAUGCUCAACGGAUGCCACCCAUGGAUACGUUACUAUUCCCAUCCACUAUGUCUCCAGAUUGUCAACGAGCCUCCGCCUCUGUGGGAGGUGCCGUCCAAAUGUAACAAUUUCACAGCCAAAGUGUUCAGGGCCGGACUCCAGAAGAAUCCUGACAGGCGAGCAUCGGCAAAAGAGCUGAGGAAGAAAAUCACCAAGGCCCUCAGAGCAGUUGGAGGUCUGAGUCCAUGGUCCGUCAAAACAGCCUGUGAAAGGCUGUGUCACGGCAAGACUGAAGACAUCCCCUGCUCUUUGUCAUCUGGAAUCCCUUCCACCCCAAAUGAACCAUCACCUCCUGUUUCAGCUCCCUUGAUGUACUGGGUGAGCCCCUGGAGAACUACGGCGGUGGACGAGGACAGCAAUGAACUGGAGGACGGUGACUCAGACCAAGUCUCUGAAGUGGAGACACAUUUGCUGAGCAGGGAAUGGGAAUCCCAGCCAAAAUCACUGCGAGAUGAUUACAUUGCAAGUGAAAAAGACUGGGACACUUGGUCGGAUUCAGAAGUCGACAUCUAUAUGGGAGAGGAGGAAUAUAUUCGGGAGAAGUGGCUGAAAACUGACAGGGACUAUGAAGGGGAUUGGGAAGAGGAGGGAGAUGAAGAUGAGAAAGAGGAGGAGGAGGAGGAAGAGAAGGAGUGGGAUUCUUCUGUAUCAACAGAGUAUCUCCGUACUCUCCGAGGCCUUUUCCCUUUACUGCAAAAAGCCCAACAGACAAACAACAGUUCCGGGAGAUCAGAACCAGAGCUGGAAUACAUCAGAGACGGUGUAGCUCUUGGCACCACAAUCCAGCCCCCCUCCCCUGAGCCACGAGAUGACCCUCCGUCCUGUUUCAGCUGCUCGGAUACAUCGCCAAUAGAUGACUCAGACAAGGAAUCUGCUCAUUCAUCCGAUGACCUCAGCUCUGGAGUCUUUUCGUCUUGCAACAGUCAGGCAGACAGACACCUGGAGUGGUUGGUGUCAGCAAACCAGCCCUCCUCAUACUGCUUUGAAGGUGUUGACAUCUGGAUAGAGAACGUCCAAGGCGAGUGUCUGAGGAUUCGGGAACGCCGGCAGGUCAAAGUGGGACAUGUUGCGAUAGGAAUUAGUGAUCAGAUCUCAGGGAAAGCCUUCACUUUGGAGACCCUCGACAGAAAGAUGGUGCCCUUGGAACAAGAGAUCAAAGACUCCUACCUGUGGCUCCGCUGUGUUCCUGCUCCUGACCGAUGUCAGCGCUGGAGGUGGAGGGUCAGUGACGGCAAGCUGGAGCUACGAGAAUGAGACAUUUUUGUUAUGUUUUGUUGAAUGCACAAAAUUAGUUAUUGUUUGUUCUUAAUCUAUGUGGUAAAAAAAAAGCAUUAAUAUAUAUACAGAUAUUUUAUUG